AUGUUAGCUACUACGGAUGCGCUUCCAUCGGUGCGCCAACAUGCGCAGACCACGAUCAUCGAACUCUUUGAAUUCCUAAGGGCUCAAGGAGAUACGGAUUACAUGGGAGAACGAGUGUCGCAAUUACAACAUUCUCUGCAAGCAGCGCAGUUGGCAUACAACUCAAGCGCGGACAACGACACCAUCUUGGCUGCUUUGCUUCAUGAUGUUGGAAGGUUUAUUCCCGUAGCGUCAGAAAUGCCCGCUCUCAUCGCCCCAGAUGGUCAGCAUGUCGGUAUAGCCGACCAUGAAGUGCUGGGGGAAAGGUACUUGAGGCAAAUUGGGUUCAGCGAGAAGAUUUGCCAGCUUGUCGGCGCUCAUGUCAUGGCCAAAAGAUUCCUCACGGCAGUGGAUAAGAAUUAUUACGAUAGCUUAAGCCCAUUAAGCAAGAAAUCGCUCAAAUUUCAGGGUGGUACAUUCACCAAUGCACAGGCGGAAGAGGCAGAAAAAGAUCCUUAUAUCAAGGAGAAAGUAGCCGUUCGACGAUGGGACGACAUGGCCAAGGAUCCCACAAUGAAGACGUUGCCGUUGGAGUACUUUCGGCCAAUAGCCACUGAGAGUCUGAUCCGAUCCAGAGCGGCGAUAGUAUCCCGGGGAAGAAGCUAUUUCCUUCCUACAAAGGCAGCGGCACUCAUUGUUGUCCAUGGUCCUGCUACCGCCAAAUACAAAACACACGAGCAGGAAGAUGCCCUUAGCGGGUCGGCCAAUCAGCAAGUCUCAGCAUUACUCGACCAAUUCUCAAUUCGUGGUGUUCGUGUCGCAACACUGACAAAUAGGGAGAAAAGGUUCGACGUUCCAACCGAAACACUUGCAACCAUGAACCUAUGCGAUGGACCACUGCAUCUUCUUGACCGUGGUGUCGAGCUGCUCGAGAAGGAUCUGGCAGACGUGAUAUACGUCACGGUGUCCGCAUUGAGCGAAGUCAGGUUCGAGGAAUUUAUGUGCGAUGUGGCUUCUGAAGCAAAGAAAAUGGAGGAUCUGGGUGCCAAGGUGGUGAUCGGUAUCCGAGGCUGCCCCAGUCUCAAGGAUGAAGGCAAAGCAAUCCGGUUGACGAGCGACUUUGAAGUAUUGGCCUCAGCAUUUUCGUAA